UCGACGCGGCCAACAGGUCGCUACGCAGUCCCUCAUCGGUCGGCGCUCCUAACCGGUUGCUCCGAGCCGCGCAGAUUCGCUCGAUCGAAAACAGUUCCGCUCGGGGUGACGCGAGCCCAGGAAGUGACCUUGGAUUCUUUCUUCUUCUUCUUUUUUUUCGACCGAUAAAUUACACCCGGCGCGACAAGGAUUGGAUGGACCCGACCCCGUGGAAGCAGCGGCGCUACCGGUACUUCUACCUGUGACAUCGAAACCCCCCGUGCCAAAGUAACGGCCGAUCUUUUGCCGAUCUCUUCUGUUUAUCGUCAUUCUCUCCCCGUUUUUUGAAACAACCAUCCGAGAGAGCGACCAUGUUCGGACAAGUGCAACCAGACUUUUUGGAUCCCCAGCCCGAGAACGAGAACAAGGAUGGCUUCGACGCGAGGAUCGUGCGCCCCAAACUCAGGACUUUGAGCGACAACGCUGAUUACAUAUUCAACCAGAACCGAUACAAAAGCCCGCAGUACGAGGAAACGUUCGGCCGAUCGAUCGAAAACCCCGAGGAGUUUUGGGCGGAGGUCGGCCAGUGCAUCGAGUGGAGCAAACCCUGGCGCAAGGUCUUGGACAACUCCAACGUGCCGUUCACCAAAUGGUUCGUGGGCGGGGAAACAAACGCCUGCCACAACGCGAUCGACCGUCACGUGGCGGCUGGUCUCGGGGCAAAAACGGCCCUGAUCCACGACAGCCCGAUGACGCAGACGGUGCGCAGGGUGAGCUACGACGAGCUCCUCGACAAAACGUCCCGCCUGGCCGGGGCUUUGAGCGAAUUGGGCGUCGGCCCGGGUGACCGAGUGCUCAUCUACAUGCCCGUCAUACCCGAGACCAUCAUCGCCAUACUGGCCACCGCUCGCAUCGGUGCCGUCCACUCCAUCGUCUUUGGCGGGUUUGCAGCCAAGGAACUGGCGACGCGAGUCGACCACGCCGAGCCCAAGGUCAUUAUAGCCGCCAGCUGCGGUCUCGAGCCCAACAAAGUUGUAAGGUACACGGACAUGCUGAACGAGGCGAUGACGCUGAUCUCGACGACGCCCCGUUGCGUCGUAUUCCAGCGCAGGAACAUCUGGGUGGCGCCCCUGGGGCCCGACCAGCUCGACUGGGACGUGAUAUGCGACAGGGCCGAGCCCCACCCUUGCGUCCCCGUCGACGCCAAUCACCCGCUCUACAUCAUGUACACGUCCGGCACCACAGAUAAGCCCAAGGGCAUCCAGAGACCGACAGGUGGGCACAUAGCGACCCUGUGCUGGACGAUGAAGACGAUCUACGGCAUGGAGAAGAACUCGACGUGGUGGACGGCGUCGGACCUCGGCUGGGUCGCCGGGUUGUCGUACAUGUGCUACGGGCCCCUGCUCUGGGGAGCCACGAGCGUCGUCUACGAGGGCAAGCCCGACAGGACACCCGACGCCGGCCAGUACUUUAGAAUAAUCGACCAGCACAAAGUUAACGCGCUAUUCACCGUCCCCACGGCGUUCAGAGUGCUGAGGAGAGCCGACCCGGAGACGCUCCUCGGAAGGAAAUACUCGACCAAGUCUUUGAAGGCGAUUUUCGUGGCGGGCGAGCACUGCGACUACGAAGCCAAGGCCUGGGCGGAGAAGACCUUCAAGGCGCCGAUCCUGAACCAUUGGUGGCAGACCGAGACCGGCCACGCCAUCACCGCUUCGUGUCUGGGCCUCGGGCACAGCACCAGUCCGCCAAAGUACAGCACCGGCAUGCCCUUCCCGGGAUACUUUGUUGAGAUACUGAGAGAAGACGGCAGCAAGGCGUCCGACCACGAGCUCGGCAGGAUCGUCAUCAAGCUGCCCCUGCCCCCGGGCACCAUGUCCACCCUCUACAAGGCGCCCGACAGAUUCAAGGACAUCUACUUCUCCAAGUACCCCGGCUACUACGACACGAUGGACGCGGGCUACGUCGACGAGUUUGGGUACGUAUACGUGACGGCGCGGGACGACGACGUGAUCAACGUGGCCGGGCACCGGCUGUCGACUUCCGCCCUCGAGGACGUCAUUCUCAGCCAUCCGGAGGUCGUCGAUGCGGCGGUGGUUGGCGUGCCCGAGCACACCAAGGGCGAGAUACCCCUUUGUCUCUACGUCACGAGGGACGACGCUCAGAUGAACGAGAGGGAAAUCAACAACGAGCUGAUUGCACGGGUGAGGGAGCUGAUCGGACCGAUCGCCUCGUUCAAGGUCGCAGCGUCGGUCAGAGCGUUGCCGAGGACGCGUUCUGGCAAAACGUGCCGAAAGUCCAUUGCGGACCUCGCGCGCUCGAAGCACGUCAAGAUCUCAAGCACCGUUGAGGAUCCGACGGUCUAUCGAGACAUCAAGGCAGCGCUGCAGAAACUUGGAUACGCGAGAAUGGCGCCUGAUCCCCAAUAGAAAUGAAAAGAAAAAUAAUCAAACAUUCUCAUCAAACGUCUCAAUAGUAGUAGACUCUCUAAGACUUACCCUGUAAGCCUAAUUUAUCAAAAAUAGUGCGUAAUCUUCCUGUAAAAUUUAUUUGUUGAAUAGUAACUUUAUGUGCAGGCACAUAUGAACAUUAUGAUUAGCAUCGAAUCGGAUGCGUAAGAGGAAGCUCGUCAUGUCCGAGGUUUUAGAAAAAAAAAAAAAAAAAAUUACUAUGAUAUUUUUAUUAACGAUCGUUAAAGUAG